AUGGUCCUGCGCAUCUGGGGUGGGAGAGGGUGUUCCUGCAAGCGGGAAGACAGGAAGCCAAGCGUGGGAAAAGGAGGGAAAAGGAGGAUGACUGUUAGAAGAGUGGGAGGGAAGGAAGGGGCAGAGACAAUAGUUCAACUUAGCAAAGAGGCAGUGAUUGAGGGUGCGAGGAUUUGGCAGAGUAUCUUCCUGAAAACCCUGAAGUUCCACAGGAAGAAGGUCUAUAUCAUCAACGUAACAUGGUCUGACCUGACUUCCCAGAUCAUCUACCGGAGAUACAGCAAGUUCUUUGACCUGCAGAUGCAGCUUUUGGACAAGUUCCCUAUUGAAGGAGGCCAGAAAGAUCCUAAGCAAAGAAUCAUCCCUUUUCUACCAGGCAAGAUCCUGUUCCGGAGGAGCCAUGUCCGAGACGUAGCUGUGAAGAGGCUGAAGCCCAUCGAUGAGUACUGCAGGGCGCUGGUCCGUCUUCCUCCUCACAUUUCACAGUGCGAUGAAGUCUUCAGGUUCUUCGAGGCUCGCCCAGAAGACCUUAACCCUCCAAAAGAGGACUAUGGAUCUUCAAAGAGAAAAUCAGGUGCUGAUGCUAGCUCUGAACCCAUGAUCCUGGAGCAAUAUGUGGUGGUGUCCAACUAUGAGAAACAGGAGAACUCUGAGAUCAGCCUCCAGGCUGGAGAGGUUGUGGAUGUCAUAGAGAAAAACGAAAGUGGUUGGUGGUUUGUGAGCACAGCAGAGGAGCAGGGCUGGGUCCCUGCUACAUACCUGGAAUCCCAAAAUGGAACCAGAGAUGAUUCUGACAUCAACACAUCCAAACUUGGGGAAGUUUCUAAGCGACGCAAGGCUCACCUGAGACGCCUGGACCGGCGAUGGACGCUGGGCGGGAUAGUCAACAGGCAGCAGAGUCGAGAAGAGAAAUAUGUCACUAUCCAGCCGUACGCCAGCCAGGGGAAGGAUGAGAUUGGGUUCGAGAAAGGUGUCACCGUGGAGGUCAUCCAAAAGAACCUGGAAGGAUGGUGGUACAUAAG